GAGGGAGGACGGUGAGCGCCGGGCGCGCCUCCCUCCCUGCCUCCCUGCCUCCCUGCCUCCCUGCCGGCCGGGCGGGCAGAGCGGAGCGGAGCGGAGCGGAGCAGAGCGCGCGGCGCCGGCGGAGGUCUUUGAAGCUAUCUCUAAGAAGAUGACGCUUCAAGAAGCAGCAUCCUGGUUUGAAACCCGCUUGUUUUAAGAGUAUCUGGGAGCUUCUACCCGUAUUUGCCUAUUCCAGCAUAAAUCAAAGGACAAUGAGUUCUUUUUACUUUUUGCAUAUUUUCACAAUACGUAAUGAUCUUUCUUCCUUCUCAUUUUGUUCAAUGGGAAAAACUUGAGCCAGUUUUGUAGCUGAUUCUUACUUCAUCACAUUCCUCUUGCUGAGCCAAACUCUUGGAAACCACGUCCAUAUUAUGUCUUUUUUUCCCCCCUGUAUAUGUUGUAUAUCACUGUCAGAGUGUUUUUAACUCUUCUGGUUUGAACCUGACCUUUUGCAUUGCCGAGUAUUCAUAGAGUCACUCAAGGAAUUAAAUAGCUUCAGACUGACAGAAGAUGACUCGUGUGCUUCAGAAAUAUUUUUAUGGCUGUGCUUGGCUUAUUAAUACAGUGGUUUAACAGUAUUAAUAUGAGGUAUUGCAUUAAUUGUUGCAUACAUUUAUUACCAAAUGACUUGCACAGACAGUGUUUCAGAUGUCGUGGACCUAAUCACAGCAACCAGAAGUGUCCUCUUUGCAAAGGACAAAACAAGGUCGCUUCGUACCGGGACAGCAAGCAGAUGAAGUUGCUUGCAGUCUUGGAAGUAAGGACUGAUCACAGUGAAAGCUGGAAUGGACUUUUCUGCUUGAAGAAGGGGAAACUAUGCAGCUUGAUAUUUGGGCUGAUUAUAAUGACUCUAGUGAUGGCAUCCUACGUACUGACUGGAGCCAAGCACGGGCUGCUGUUAAUACCGUCGCCGUUCCAUUAUGGAGCUUUUACUAGCAAUCCAAGCUUAAUGGACAAUGAAAGCCUCAGUGAUAUGAAAGACCAUUACCAGCCUUCUAAAAUUAAUGUUUCAUACGUAAAGGAUUAUCCAAGCAUUAAAUUAAUUAUUGACACCAUUACUUCAAAGAUAGAGUUUAUAACGAGACAGCGCCCUGAUUUAGAAGAGCUGAGGAAACAGGAGCCCCAUAUGUUUUCAGUAAUUCCUAAUAAAUUCCUUUCAAAUAGCAAGAAUCCGUGUUGGUAUGAAGAGUACAGAGGAAACACAACCACAGAUCCUUACACAACAAACUCGUAUGCACUGUAUUCAAAGCGUUUUCGCACCAUCUUUGAUUACCUCAGGAAGGUAUUUUGGAACCACUUGUAUCACUAUAAGGACAAACACUAUCGGCUGCGCUGCCUUCCCCAUUUCUACAUUAUCGGCCAGCCCAAGUGUGGAACAACAGACCUUUAUGACCGGCUCAGGUUGCACCCUGACGUUCGGUUCUCAGCCAUCAAGGAACCGCACUGGUGGACGAGAAAGCGCUUUGGAAUCAUUCGUCUGAGGGACGGAUUUCAUGAUCGCUACCCGGUGGAAGAUUACCUUGAUCUAUUUGACUUAGCAGCACAUCAGAUUCAGGGUGUACUGCAGAGUGAAGCAGCAAAAGAAAUCAGCAAGAUGAACAGCAUCAUUAUUGGGGAGGCCAGUGCCUCGACAAUGUGGGACAACAAUGCUUGGAUUUUCUUUUAUGACAACAGUACAAAUGGAGAACCUCCAUUCUUAAUCCAGGAUUUUAUCCAUGCCUUCCAACCAAAUGCCAAACUUAUCAUCAUGCUGAGAGAUCCUGUUGAAAGAUUGUACUCUGAUUAUCUGUACUUUGCAAGUGCUAAUAAAUCUGCAGAAGAUUUUCAUGAAAAAGUGGCAGAAUCACUGCAGCUGUUUGAAAAUUGCAUGCUGGAUUACUCAUUGAGAGCCUGUGUCUACAACAACACUCUUAAUAAUGCCAUGCCUGUAAGGUUGCAGGUUGGUCUUUAUGUUGUGUAUCUUUUGGACUGGCUGACUGUUUUUGACAAAGAUCAGAUAUUAGUUCUUCGCUUGGAGGAUCAUGCAUCGAAUGUGAAAUACACCAUGCACAUGGUGUUCCAGUUUCUGGAUCUAGGACCUCUAAGUGAGAAACAAGAAGCUCUGAUUACAAAGAGCCCUGCAUCAAACACUCGGCGACCUGAAGACCGAAGUCUGGGACCUAUGCUACCAACAACGAAGGCAAUUUUAAGAGAUUUCUAUAGGCCUUUUAAUACAAAACUGGCACAAGUUCUUUUUGAUGAUGCUUUUUUAUGGAAGAGGACAUAAUAUGUAAAUUUAGUGCCACAAAUACAGUGUUUAAAGGAGUUUUUAUUUUUUUAAAUUCUAUUUUUGUGCGUGGAUAUUUACAUUUUUCCCAUUCCAAAGAGAAGCCGAUUGAUGAGAUGAGACUCUCACCUUCAGUCAGCACACAUCACAACAGUUGUAUCACAUUUUCCUUGAGAGAAUGUAAAGCAUCUUGCUUAUCUUUUUUCUUUUACCCCAGCAAAAGAGUAGAGUGGAAAAGCAUUAGUAUGAAGGAGAUGUCUUGCACUCUGCUGGGAUGUUGAAGUUUAACCUUCUCUAAGAUGCUGCAACACAAAAUUAGCAUCAGUCUCCUGCAAUUACACUUAUAAUCUCACUUUCAGUAUAUGUUAUUCAUUCAUUCUUUCAAACUAUCAAUGUCAUUUAGUCAUUAAAAUUUUUAAUUGAAUUCAA